GGGGGGAUGUUUUGGACAUUAGAAGGCAUCCUUCGAACUGUAAUCUAUUUCUUAGUCAUGUCAAUUGAAACAUUCAACAAAGUGCAUUCUGAUUUUUGGAUUAGAAAUCUCUUAGUUUGACUAUUGCAAUAUUUACGAGGAUUUCAAAAACCCAACAUGGCAUUUUAGUGGGAAUGACAGCAACGGCACUCCGCUGAAUGUGUCACCAAGGUGUCAGCUGAGGUGCACGACACAUAGGAGUGUACUAUAUGGACGAGGAGAAGCAAGAAAUGCAUUUCAACCACACAACUCCCCACAUUUCACCCUCCCAAAAAACCAAACCUGGAUCUCCUGGGUACUUUGCACUCAUCCCAAUUGUACUGCUCAUAUUGAUUGGAUGUGCGGUGGCAAUGGUUUAUUAUUUCAGAAGAAAGUCAAGAUUAGAUGAGCUACGUCACAGGAUGAUUCCUCUGUACACCUACGACGCCGCAGAGGAGCAGGACCAAUGGGAUGACGCUGACAGGGAGGAAGACGAGGAGCUGGCUGAACCUUUAUACAAGAAGGGGAAGCUGUCCUUUUCAUCUGAAUAUGGAUUAUGAACUGGAAAUCAAUCAAAAA